AUGCGGUCCUUGCUUCUCGCCCUGGCGCUGGGCGCACACCUGAUACUUGCUAGCGCAGCCGAUGCAACCGCCUCUGCGGCUGCGGUAAAGAAGGAAGCUCCACAGCCUAAGCUUUCAAAUAUUAUUCCAUCGGCUGGAAGUGCGGAGCUCUAUAACGGGAACGGGGACGUUAGCGCAACGGGGGAGUGCGCUGGAGAUGCUAAAGCGGCUUGCAAGGAUGUGAUUGCUGGCGAAGGGCGCUUAGCGAGCUGCCUCACCAAGCGGAUACGGGCCCAGCGCCAAGGCAACGUUGUUGGUCGCAAGGUGGUUGAUAAGUGCGUAGAGGCCUUGGCAGCCUUCAAGAUUGACAGGUCAAAGAAGAUAAACAAGGAUCUUCCCCUUGCCAAGGCAUGCAAGGACGAUGUGGACAAGCUUUGUAAGGACGUGAGCGACGACAAGGCCCCCGGAUCCGUUAUCAGCUGCCUGUUGGACAAGAAAGCAAAACUUACAGCGGGCUGCAGUGCUGAAGUUUUUCGAACACAGCAAGAGGUUGCGGAGGACUACCGUUUCGACUACAAGCUGUACACUGCCUGCAAGGAUGACGUUAACAAUCUCUGCAAAGACGUGGAGCAGGGCGAAGAGCUCGAAUGCCUGGCGCAGAAACGGAUCCGGGUAACCUGGGAGUGCCAGAAUCAGAUGUUUCGCAAUGAGAAGGAGAGUGGCGAUGACAUUCGCCUGAGCACACGCCUCUUUAAGAAAUGUUUGACAGAUCAAAGGAAAUUCUGCAAGGACAUAGAGCCUGGUCACAUGCGUGUCCAGGAGUGCCUCGAAGACCACAUUGAUGAGGCUGACUUUUCGGCGGAGUGCAAGUCGGAGCUGGAAGAGGUCAUUGCUAGCCGUGUGGCAGACUUCCGUUUGGACACGGCUCUUAGGGAGGCCUGUGAGGGUGAUCUGAAAGACACUUGCGAUACGACGCUAAAGCAAAUGGACGAGGACGACAACAGCAAGAGGUCGGCGCUCAACUGCCUUCAGUCUCUGCGCGAUGAGCUAAAAAGCGAUAAAUGCAAGGCUGAAAUUCACCGCCGGCUGAAGCGCGCGGCCCGUGAUAUUCGUUUUGACGAGAGGCUGGCCAGCGCUUGCACGGAUGAUCGUAACCGGUUCUGCAGUGACAUUCAGCCGGGCUCGGCGCGCGUCAUCCGAUGCCUGCAAGACAACCGCAACAGCUUGGACCAGAACUGCGCUGCUGCUCUGUUCGACCAUGAGGUUAUGAUGGCUGAAGACAUCGACUUCAAGUUUCCCAUGAAGCGCGCGUGCGCUUGGGAAAUCAGCUCGUUCUGCAAGAACAUCCCGCACGGGCAUGCACGCAUUGUUAGGUGCCUUGAGGAUCAACUGGACAACACUGAUAUGUCUAAGGAAUGCAAGGAUGAGGUCAUGAAAGACAUGAACCGCAUGGCGCAGGAUUAUCGUCUGAACUGGCGCCUGAACCACGCCUGCGAGUCUGAGAUUCAGAAGCUCUGCCCGAACUCGUGCAGUACUACUCCCGGAGUGACGUGCGGCGGUCUAGUUCUGCAGUGUCUGCAAGAUAAGCAGGAUAACAUUACUAACGAGGCGUGCCAGGAUGAGGUCUUUUACUACGAGCUCAUGGAGGUUACCGACUUUCGCAAUGACGUCAUCCUUGCGGAAGCAUGCAGAAGUGAUGUCGAAUCGUAUUGCAAGGACGUCGAGCCUGGCGAGGGCCGCGUUCACCAGUGCCUGCGUUACAACAAGGAGAAGUUGUCGGAACAGUGUCGUAAUGAGGAGAUGAAACUCGCUGCGCUUGAGUACCGUGACAUCCGCCUGCGGCCAAAACUCAACAAGCUCUGCUCAGAGGAGAAGGCCGUUUAUUGCAAGGAUGUGAAGCCAGGCAAGGCUCGCGUUAUUAAGUGCCUGAUGGAGAACAUGGCACAGCCGAACUUCGGGGAGGAGUGCAAAGAGGAGCUGCAGAAGCGUGAGGACAUGAUGAAAUCUGAUUAUCGAUAUGACAUUGGUGUCUUCACUAACUGUGAAAGCGACGUCGAGACCUACUGUAAGGAGGCAAAGACCAAGCUCCGUGGCAACGCCACAGUCCUCAAGUGCCUCGUGGAUAACUUCAAGAGCCUUGCGGAGCAGUGCCAGACGGAGAUGUCCCGUGCGGUUCGCCUGGCGUUGUGGGAUUAUAAGCCUGGCGCAGCACUCACGACGACUUGCGAUGCUGACGUGGAGGCACAGUGCCCAAGGACAAAGGAGAGCAAGAAGAAAGACAGAAGCACUGACUCUUACUUUCUUCGAGGAUGUGUAUCUGCCUUUGUUUUACUUGUUCUCACUUUCUUCGGGAAUUCUUCGGGAAUAGCUUUGAGGGGCGCCCGUAGCCGGUCUGGCGCUGUGUUCACCAUUGGCGCUGUUGGGCGGUGCCUAUCGAAGGCGCUGGUGGAGGGCAAGCGGCUGGACAGCAAGUGCCGUGCACUGGUGCUUGUUGCUGCACCAAAGGACGCCCGUGUUUACUUCGAUCACCCCGAGUCGACAUCAGCUCUGAUUCAAAAAAUUGCUCAGGUCCAGCAAGCUGCUGGUCUGGAGUCGGUUCUGGUGGACACGGUCAGCAGUACGAUCACCGUCACUGGCUGGGUGGCUUUGGCUUGCAUCAUCUCUCUCAUCAUCGUCUUCAUCGGAGGCGCUGUGAUGCUUUACAAGCGUCUAGUGGGUGCUGAGAAGCCACACACACUACACAUCAAGUCUGGUGAUGCAUAGGACGAUUUUUUGGAAUAGUUUGAAUUGGGACCAUUAAAAGCAUAUACGAUCUUAAUACGUCCCAUUCACUGCAUACGCAUCCACAAGUUCAUUCAUGUUGUUACGAGAUGUAAGUGUGGGGGGCAUCGUGACAGGGAUAAGUGUGUGUGUGUGUGGUGGUUACAGUGGGCUGCAGACUCCCGAAGAGUAGAAGGGAUAAGUGUUUGACAUGUACAAUGUUUUAUUGAAUGGGAGCUCUGUAGGGGAUAGAAAUGGUUGCCGCAUUGGCGAUUAAAGACAGAGUGGGUAAUGCGAGAGGCCUUGGCUUAACUUGGAACGGUGGAUCAGUAGGAUAUAUGUGGUGGUGCUGCAAUGAAGUGACGCCGUGUAACAGAAAAGCUAAUCAAGUUAUUUUUAUUUGCAUAACUUAUGAAAGGCCUAACAUUGACGGUUGUAAACCUCAACACUGGC